UUCUAGCCUUUUGAUUAAUUCAUCAACCUUCAUAUCAGCUUCAUAAUUUUCAAGAUCUCAUCUUCUACUCCUAAUUGUCCAUGCCAAAAUCAUUGCUGAAACGAAAAUGAGACCAGGCUCCAACCUUGGCUAUGCAUUUCUUCUUCAUACCCUUCUUUUCCUUUGUCACCACACUUGUUCUUCACAAAAGACUUGUCCACAGUGUGGCUCUAUGCAGGUUCCUUAUCCAUUAAGCACACAACCGAGUUGUGGCGAUCCGUACUACAAGCUACACUGUGAUCAGCAAUCUGGAAAGCUCUACUUUGACACACUUAACGAAAGUUCCUAUGUAAUACUAAAAAUCAUGUCCUCGAUUCAACGCAUGGUAGUUCAGCCAGCACCGUGGCUAUCUCGCACAUCAUGUGUCACACAAGACAUGCCAGUCAGCAAUGGUCUAUGGUUGAACCAAUCACUUCCUUUCAACAUAACUUCUUCAAACACCAUUUUCCUCUUCAAUUGUUCACCCCGCCUCUUGGUCUCUCCCCUGAAUUGCUCUGCCUCCAGCAUCUGCCACCAAUACUUGGAGAGUUCCGGCCACGUCAGAAAAUCACAAGCGCUUGAUUGUGCAAGUGGAAUCCACCCUUGUUGUACUUUUGUUGCUGGUGGAAACCCAUCAGCUUACAAGAUUCGCCUGCACAAUUCCGGCUGUAAAGCUUUCAGAAGCAUCCUCCACUUGGAUGAGGAUAAGCCUCCAAAUGAAUGGGAAGAAGGCCUAGAAAUUCAGUGGCUUCCACCACCCGAACCGGUAUGCAAAACACAAAAAGAUUGCUCCGGAGACUCCAAGUGUUCACUGGGCAAAAACGGACUUCUUCGCUGUCUUUGUAACAAGGGACACCAUUGGGAGCCUUAUGCAGCAACAUGCUUAAGGCACGCCAGAAAUUCCAAAUUGAAAACCAGCAUAAUAAUCUCAAUUGUUGUUACCAUAUUUUUCUCUCUAGCAAUAGUUCUUGUUGUGAUCACAAAAUGUUGUAAAAUCUAUAGCUACAUGGAGGAGAUUAAGAAGAAGAAGGAAAAAGAAAGAGAGAAUGUGUUGAAAUCAAGCACUGGUGAGAAGCCUUAUAGAAUGUUUCAUCUGAAAGAAGUGAAGAAGGCAACAAAUUGUUUCUCCCAAGACAGGAUUCUAGGUAGCGGUGGAUUUGGCGAAGUUUAUAGAGGUGAACUCCAAGAUGGAACAAUGGUGGCUGUAAAGAAAGCAAGGGUUGGAAACCUCAAAAGCACACAACAAGUUCUCAACGAAGUUGCGAUUCUCUCACAGGUGAAUCACAAGAACCUUGUGAGGCUCUUGGGGUGUUGUGUGGAAGAAUCUGAGCAGCCAUUGAUGAUCUACGAGUACAUCUCAAAUGGAACAUUGUAUGACCAUCUUCACGGAAGGUACCAAAGCUUCUUGGAUUGGGAAACAAGGCUAAAAGUGGCGCUUCAGACCGCGGAGGCGUUGGCCUAUUUGCAUUCCGCGGCGCACACACCAAUCUACCAUAGGGAUGUGAAGUCCACUAACAUUCUUCUGGACGAUGAAUUCAAUGCCAAGGUAUCCGAUUUCGGGCUAUCGAAGCUGGCUAUCCCGGGGCUGAGUCAUGUUUCAACUUGUGCUCAAGGAACUGUUGGAUACUUGGAUCCUGAAUACUACAGAAACUAUCGGUUAACAGAUAAGAGUGAUGUUUAUAGCUACGGCGUGGUGUUGUUGGAGCUUUUGAGUUCUCAGAAAGUGAUUGAUUUUAACCGCGAUCCGGAUUGUGUGAACCUGGCGGUUCAUGUGAGCCAGCAUGCAAGCAAUGGGACACUACUCAUGGAGGUUGUGGAUCGGAGACUUGUUUGCAAGGGGGAGUUUGGGGGAAGCAUAAGAAUGUUCUCGGAGCUUGCACUCGAUUGCUUGAGGGAGAAAAAAGGUGAAAGGCCUAGCAUGAAGGAUAUUGUUCAGCGCCUAAUUUCCAUAUUUAAGCUUAUAGAUCAAGAGAGGAAUUAUAAUGUUCAUGUUAACGUUUUAGUUGAGAAUGAACAAUAAGUUCAUCGCAUAGUUAACUUAUUGUAUUGAAAUCCAAGACUUGAUGUGUUUACUUAUAAUCAAUAAUCUAUCUUUCUCGCUGAAUUUCAUUAGUAGAAAAGAUUAGUGCUAUGAGCAUAUGCAGA